AUGUUCCGUUAUUCCUAUUGCGUAGUUCGUGUCCUGAAUUCUGUGCGUAACUUCAUUACUACUACUUCUACUAUCAUUACAAAUUGGCCUCGCGCAAUGGAGCUUCCAAGUAUUGAACAAUUGAACCUGCAAGCCAGUCCAUCCGAGAUCGAGGAGUGGGUAGAGCGAUUCGAUUUGUGGUGCAGUAUUCGAAAAGGUGGUGUGCAAAACCAAUCCGCCCUAUUUCUCGCUACUGGCGGCCGUUAUCUGUAUCCACUGCUGAAAAACCUGGCAUUUCCCGAGGUUUCCGCCAAACUACCAAACGAAACCUUGAAAUCGCUCCUGCUCAUCACCUGCUGCCUACUGAAUUCCAAGCCCAUGAACGUGCUAAAUGCAAUUCCAUGA